GCGCAAAUAAUAGAAUUAAUAAUUAAACAGCCAUCAGCAUCGAUACUUCUUCACGGCCACCAGAGUUACCGAGAUGGUUCACAUGAAGGCGAAGGCGGUGGUAAUGAACUAGAUAUGAUACAAAGUAGCUUUGAGACUAAGGAGCCCGGUUCACGUGAGAUGUGA